AUACCCCCAAGCAAUACCUGCAACUGAGAAUUCUUCCUGGGGAGACCCGCAGCCUGUCAUCAUGGCUCAAGAGUCUGUGAACUGCAAAAUCCAGCCUGGGAAGGUGGUUGUGUUCAUCAAGCCCACCUACCCAUACUGCAGGAGGACCCAAGAGAUCCUCAGUCAACUGCCCCUCAGACAAGGGCUUCUGGACUGUGUCCAUAUCACAGCCACCAACCACACUAACGAGAUUCAAGAUUAUUUGCAACAGCUCUUGGGAGCAAGAAUGGAGCCUCAAGUCUUUAUCAGUAAAGAUUGCUUAGGCAGACGCAGUGAUUUAGUCACUGUGCAACAGAGUGGGGAACUGCCGAUGUAGCCAAAGCAGAUUGGAGCUCUACAGUAACCACAGAUGUCGUAGGAAACAUUUGACAAUCCUGUGAAAGGUCUCAGGACCCAAUGGGAGAAAUCCUAUGAAAAGUUAAGCAUAGUUAGUCUUUGUGUCACGUGGAUCAGAGAGGCACAAGCGCAGACACUGUGGUCAUGCGGAACACUCUGUUAUUUAAGAUGGCCAUCCAGAUAAUCCUGAAUACUGUAUU